AUGGUGCCAUCUAGUCAAACAAUAAGCGCGUGGAUCGAAACUAACCUCUUUCAAGAUUUCGCUACCAUGCCGACUGGGCAAACUAAUAAUAACUCGUCAGCGAAGCAAAAUACUGGAGGCAGAAUUGAACAAAAAGAAUGUCUUAUAAAAAGACGAAUAACGAGAUCAAUGACGCAACAAGCACUUGAUGCCAUAUCUUUAACCACACGAGAAAAUUCCCAAGAUUCAAUUUCUGACGAUAUUUUAAGUUUAAAUCAAGAUAAUCAAGAUAUAUAUAAUAAGAAAGGCAUCGUUGAAUCAAUGGACGAUCUAGAAGAACAAACUGCAGCGGCGCAAGUACUACAGUUGCUAGGACUUGCAAAUAUUCCCGGAUCUAAUAACAAGCCUUCAAACGCGUCACAUGCAAAUUCAAAAAGAGUUAUCAGUAAUUCUACCAUUGCCACUAGAGAUUGGAGUCAAGAAGAAGAUGAAUUGUUAAAAAAGGGUAUUAAUAACUUUGGUCAUGGAGAAUGGAAAGAGAUUGCAGAAACUAUUUCUGGUCGAACUGAAGAUCAAUGCCGAGAAAGAUGGAAUAUUAUUGUUAUUCAGCCCAAAUUAGAUGAUCCAAGCACUUUGCAAGAAAUGGAAGAAGAAACGUUAGAUCAAACGUAUUUUGAGACGGAAUGGGGAACACUUACACAGAAGUUAACAGACUCGGCAACAACUUCUGGAUCCCUUUCGAUAGAUUGGAGUAGUGUUAUGGAUUCAUCUUUGCUUCCUGAUACUCUCUCGACCCAUAAAGAAAUUGAUACAAAGAUAGUAUAUUCAACAUCGCAAUCUCCAAAACACAGAGUCAUGAGGGAAAAUGAAAAGUAUGAAGAAUUUAUUACCAAAGAUAAUGAUUCUGGAAAACAACAAAUUAAUGAUUCUUUAGAAGAACCAGGAUUAUCUGCUGAUUUACUUAUUACAGCGAUGGCAGAAAAUCCACAAUUCUUUUAUCAAUCAGCAACAAAUGAAUUUUCAGAAACUCCAUAUUCGGUUGGUCCUGAAUCAUUUCUUAUUUCUAAUGAAAAGGAAUUAUCUAAUUCUAUAUAUGAUAAUAAAAACUUGGAAAAGGAAUUAUCGAUGCAAUCCACAAAACGAUUAAAAAUUGUUUCUCGUGAAGAUUCCCAAAUUACCGAUGGAGAUGUACAAAAAUUACAAUUAGGAUAUCCUUGUUUAUAUCCACAUUGUAAUAAGACUUUUGUGAGACUUUAUAAUCUCAAAUCACAUCAACGAACACAUUCAACAGAUCGACCAUUCAAGUGUCCAUCAUGUGAAACAGCAUUUGCACGAAAUCAUGAUCUUAAAAGACACCAAAAAAUUCACGAAAAUGCAAAACCUUAUAAAUGUCUCGGAUGCAAAAAAUUAUUUUCGAGAAUAUUUCAAGAUUUUAACAUGUCUACAUUUGAUGAUAGAUUGGAUGCACUCAGACGACAUAAACAAAAUCCAAAGAGCCGUGAAUCAUGUAAAGAUUCAGAAAUAGCGGAGACAUGA